AUGGACCGCUCCGGCGAGAUCCAUCCGCCGCCGCAGCCCUCGCCCGCCGCCGUCGCCGCCGCCGUCGCUGCUGCUGGUGCUGCUGCUGCUGGGCCAAGGAACCGCGACUCCCACGACCUCUCGCUGUCGCCCCGCGAUGUGACGCGCGACUCGCUCGUCGCCAACAUGCUCCUGUCCCUCGACCAGUUCUCGCUCGCCCAGAAGCAGGAUCACGGGCCAUUCAGCCCCGGCACCGACCUGGCGGGAUCGACGCCCUACGACGCCGACGAGCGCGACGAGUAUCCCCCCUCGGCGAGGCGGUGGGCCAACAACGGCGGCCGAUCGUACGGCCCCGGCGUCAACGCCAACGGUCGGGGCCACGAGCACUCGUACAGCUCGGACGCGGACCAUCCCGACGACGCGAGCCGCUACUCGAGCCAAAACUCGCGCGGCCACCGCAGCAACAGCGGCUCCGUCAACUUCCAGGGCCAGUUCACCCGCCUCAACAGCCUGCGCGAGCCCUCGUACCGCACCCAGCCCGGCACGACGCCGCCGCGCAGCGCCCACGCGAGGGGCCGGCACAGCAGCAAGAGCAGCAGCAGCGCCAGCUUCGACGCCGGAUACCCGCCCAACGUCGCCAGCCAGCGGCACCACAACCUCCAGCAGCAGCAGCGUCGUACGAGGCGCUCCGCCAGCUUCGACGUGUCCCCGCCCCACUCCCGUGCCGGCCACCUUCACCAGGUGCCCGCCUCGUCCCCCUUUCGCGUCGACUUUUCCGACACGUUUGUCCCGAUGGACGACGACUGGUACAGCGCCGCCCCGAACCCGACCGUCCCCAGCGGGCCGCGCCGCGAGCCCUCCAACCUGCCGAUCCGCCCUCCGCCGCCCGAGUCGGUCGACGGCCGCAAGGUCGAGCGCCGGCGGAGCACGAGCCGCUCGCUCAAGAGUGUCUCGGCACGCAGCAAGCGGACGGCGGCCGCGGCGGCGCCUCCUGCCGCGGCCAGCGAGCACGACUCGGCGCCCGCCCCGAGUGUCGGCUACGGCAAGUCCAAGGACGCCGACCCUCCGGCAACGGCCCCCGCGCAGGCCAAGGAGAAGCAGGGCUUUUUCCGGCGCGUCUUUGGCGGCGGCUCGUCCAAGAACAGCGGCAGCAGCAACGGCACCGCCGCCGGUGCGGAUCAGCGGUCGCAGGACAAGGCCCGGCAGCAGCAGCAAGCCAAGGCGGCCACCGCCCCUCCAUCCAGGGACACGUCGUCCUCGCACUCGCACCACCCGCCCCUGCAAAAGAAGACGUCGUCGUUCUUUCGCCGCCGGAAAAAGUCCAUCGUGGACGAGGCGUCGCCCGCGGACGUGGCUCCGCCGAUGCCGCCCCUGGACCAGCUCAACCUGCGCGUCAGGGAGGGCGCCGCCGUCGCCCACGACAGCCCGACGAGCAGCCUCCGCAACGUCAUGAAUCCGUACCUCGAGACCUCUGGCGCGACGGGACUGGGCCUCGCCGGCGUGCCGACGUCGUCGCCCCUGACGGACGCGACGAGCGCCGCCGCAGACGGGUCGCAGGACCGGCCACGUGGCAGACAAGAGUUUAAGCGAGAGUUCUCGCCAGACUACGAGCCCGGCCCGAACGCGCGCAUAAGGACGGUCGACUCUGGGGCGCAGGGGCCGCGGGCCGGCGAGGCUGACGCACAGUCCGCCCCGCAGCGCCUCCCGAAGACGUUUGAAACGAGAAACAACUCCUUCCUCGAUCUCGAUGGGGCCAGCGACCACGAGACGCGCUCGCCCAACCAACGCCGCAAGAAGACGCGAGGAGCCGGUGCCCAGGACCCCGCCAGCACCCCCUCCUCCGCGGCUCGCUCGCCCGACGCAGACCCGGACGCGACCGUUCGAGCCAAGAAGUCGCCUGCCCCGGACGCCGACCGCGAGCCCAGCCGCCCGAACCUCGGAUUGCCAAUGGAGGGUGCCAGGAUCGCGAGCUUUGCGUCGGGCUCGACGGAAACGGACUACAAGACGGCCCCGAGCGCGCCGCCGAGCGUCCUCGUCGAGGGCGCGCCCGAAUCCAAGGGCCUCGGCACGUUGAAAUCCAUGAAGUCGUGCAAGUCGCUCGACGAGCCCGAGUUUGUCGUGGGCGACCCGACGGCAGACGACCGGCAAAAGGCGAAGCAAAUCUACGACGGCGGCGAGGACUUUAUCCAAAAAGACAAGGCGGCCGCCUGGAUGGGCGAAGAGGGCCCGGUGCGGCAGCGGACGCUGCAGGCGUACAUGGAGCUCUACGACUUUCAGGACCACAGCAUCCUGGCGGCGCUGCGGAGCGUCUGCGGGCGCCUGGUGCUGCGCGCCGAGACGCAGCAGGUCGACCGCAUCCUCGUGGCCUUUUCCAAGCGCUGGUGCGACUGCAACCCCCGCCACGGCUUCAAGGCGACAGACGUGAUUCACAUGAUUUGCUACUCCAUCAUGCUGCUCAACACGGACCUGCAUCUGGCCGACAUCGAGCAAAAGAUGACGCGCAGCCAGUUUAUCAAAAACACCAUGACGACGAUUACGCAGGCGGUCCACGAGUCGGCGCCGGAUGCGUUUAUGCGCCCCAGCAUCCUGCCGGAGAAGAAUGGGCUGCUGAGCGAGCACGGCCGCGACUCGCCCGACCCGGAUUACUCGAGCCGCAGACGCUCCCUGCGCCCGACACCCCGCUCCGAGUCGCGCAACGGCGACGACCCCGGCCCGCUGGUGAGGGCCCCGUUCCACGGCCACCGGCGAGCGUGGGAGGAGCAGGUGGAAUUCGUGCUCAAGGCCAUCUACGCGUCCAUCCGCGACGAGAAGCUGCCGCUGUUUGGCGCAGAGCCCGACAAGUCACUCGGCGUCGCCCCCUCGCAGAGCGGCCUGUCCGUCAUGGGCAUGCUGAAGCGGAGCCCCAGCGUGCUUAGCAAGGCGCCCUCCGAGACGCAGCUGUCGUCGCGCGGCCGCGUGGCCGACGGGGGCCGCACGAGCGCCUCGCGGUGGACGUCCAAGAGCCGCUCGCGACCCGGCCUCGGACGCAACGGCUUCUCGUCGAGCCGCACGAGCUUCGACGACGGCAACUCGGUGUGGAGCCCGGCCAUGUCGUCGGCGACGUGGAGCCGCUACUCGCUCGGCCGGACGCAGGGCUCCAUGUCGCAGGACUCGUUUGGCACGAUGCCGCGCGGCGACUACCAGCAGUCCAUCGGCUUCGCCAACGCGCUGAGCCAGGCCAUCUUCCGCGACGAGGACGCGGCCCACGGCGACGACGGAGCGCCCUCGAUCCUCAGCGCCGACCUGUCGACGCAGCUCCUCGAGGACGAGUCGCUCGAGCUCGCCGGCCCGCCGUGGGUCAAGGAGGGCAUGGUCAUGCACAAGCACCACCUGGACGGCGUGGGCAAGCGCGCCAAGGAGCGCAACUGGGUCGAGGUGUUUGCCGUCAUCCAAAAGGGGCAGAUGAGCCUGUUUUCGCUCUUUGCCACCAAGUCGCAGCGCGUCAAGGGCCGGACCAAGCCCAACGGGCCCGUCGGCGGCGGCAACUGGCAGGACAACGCUCUGAGUCUGGGCACCUUUAACCUGCGCCUGACGCUGGCGUCGGCCCUCCCGUCGCCAGGGUACUCGCGGACGCGGCCACACGUGUGGGCGCUGAGCCUGCCGACGGGCGCGGUGCACCUGUUUCAGGUCGGCACGCCCGAGAUUAUCCGCGAGUUUGUCACGACGGCCAACUACUGGAGCGCGCGCCUCAGCACGCACCCCUUGGUGGGCGGCAUCAGCAACAUUGAGUACGGCUGGAGCGAGGCCAUUGUCAACAACGCGCUGGUCAGCGCCAUCAACGAGUCGUCGGCGUCCAUCGCCAGCGGCGGCCGGGACUCGCGGCCCGGGAGCAGCGCCGCGCGCCACGCCAGAAAGUCGAGCGCCGCCAGCGGCAGCUUCCGCGGGUCGAGCUUCGACCAGGUCGGGGGCCCGUUCACCAACAACAGCGGCCGGGGCAAGCUGCCGGGGGACCGGAUCCACAUCGCCGAGUGGGCGCCGCCGACGCAGAGCAUCCGCCCUAGCACGGCGGCCGAGGCGGAGCAGCUCGAGACGCUGAGCGCGUACGUCAAGAGCAUCGAAAAGGACCUGCAGGAGCACAACAAGCUGCGGAGCCCGAUGCUGCUCGCGUUCACGCCGCGGGGCCACAACGCCGGCAAGGCCAUGGCCAACUGGGAGCGCAAGAGCGCGUACCUGCUGCGGGAGAUUGUCAAGUUCCGCACGUACGUCGACUGCCUCCAGCAGGCGGAGACGCGGAGGAGGGAGAUUUACACGGAGCGGGACCUGGCGCGCAAGGCGGCGCGGGGGGAGCUCAGCGAGGGGGACAUGGACGUCAGCGGCGACGAGGGCGACGAGACGCUGCGGCCGUGA